CCCACUUUUCCGUAAUGACUUUUUUUUUUCUUUUUUGAUCUCUUAUAUAAACCCAACCUAUUUAUUUUACUUCUUUUUAUUAUUAUUACUUUUUUUGCAUACAUCUCUUCUUUUCACACAUACACACAAUCAUUUAACAUAAAAUAAAAUGUACAAAACCGUAACCCCCGUAACACCGCCCUAUGAAUACAGCAAAAGCUAUUCCGAUAUAUACGAAGAUUACAUGUUUCGACGAGUGUCUAGUAUGCCAUCACCUGCCGAGAUAGAUUCAGAAGAAGAGACUGCAAGUGAUACAUCCAGCGCCAGCAUCAGCAUCAUCAGCAGCAGCAGCAUAAAAAGCAACCAUAAUAAUCAUAGUAGUCCAAUUAUCAUGCAAAAGAGUCGAAAAUCCGUACCUCAUCGAUCACCAUCGAACAUGGUGGAUCAAAAAAGCGUGGUGUUCCAAAUCGAACAAGAUUUCCCCAAAAUCGUUGCGGGUGGUCAUGGUGGUGUACUCUGGUCGCUACGACAACGUGUUUCCAUGGCAAGAAGAAAGGACAAAAAUAGACUUUCGGCACCUCUCCCAAAUCGUCGCGUGAGAGCUAUGCGAAUUCAGAUACCCAGACCACAAUGGUCCAACCCUAUUUAUGAUGAUCUUGUCUCACCUACACCACAAUCACAAUCACCAUUGGCAGCACCAGAGUCACCUCAAUCACUGCCUGUAAAAAUCAUUCCAGUCAUCAUUCCUCUUACUCAGGAAAAAGAAGUAUCGGUAACAAAACCCCAAAAGGUGAGAAAGAAUAGCCAUGCUACUUCUGGUCGUCCUUCUCGUGUCAAAGGUCCUUGUCAAGCAUGCCAUGAGACCUCGGAUGGUUGUAUGCGUAAGGCCUUCCACUGGCCAUUUCCUACUAGUACCAUCUUCAACGACAAAGGAAAGCCCUUUGUUUAUCUCUGUAACAAAUGUGGUCUCAGAUAUAACAAAAGUGGUGGAUGUGUUUGCCGUCAUUGUCGCUGGGUACUUUGUAAAGAAGAAAAGCGCAAGGCGAUGCAGCUGAUAGAUCAAAUGCGUCGCAGUCGUCCUGAUGGAAGAAUUGAUCCAGAUGAAGAUAUCCAAAACUUUUCUUGCUCGCCUAAAUAUUGGUCCUGCGGACGUCCCUGGAAAGUUGGAUGGGUUUUACAUAGUCAACAUGAUGAUGAAGAUGAAGAUAUGUUGUCUCCUUCUCUUAGUGAAGCCACUCUUUAAAAAAAAUCAAUCACAAUAACUACCCAUGUUCUAUGCCCUUUUUGUUUAUAUGAUCCCCCAACCCAACCCACUCCACCAUAUGUAAAGUUUUGUUUCUUUUCUUUUUUUUAGUGUAUAUAUUCCCCCCCUUCUUUUUAUGAUUUCAUCAAUAAAAAUCAAUCACCCGUCUUAACUGUAU